AUGUCGAAGGGUCUGAAGUUGAGGUUGGCUCCGACGUGGAAGGAGAUGUCUUUGGCGAAGCAUCAGAUGGAGACGAGGUUGGAUCCGACUUGGACGGAGCUGUAUUUGGGGAAGCGUCAGGGGGCGACGAGGUUGGAUCCGACUUGGAAGGAGCGGUAUUUGGGGAAGCGUCAGGGGGCGACGAGGUUGGAUCCGACUUGGAAGGAGCUGUAUUUGGUGAAGCGUCAGGGGGCGACGAGACGUGCCCAGAUAUUCCAGGACUACUACUUCAAGUACAAAGACUCGGGUCACCCAUUCGCUGGGUUCUUCUUCUUUUUCACCCGGACUGCUGUGGUUACCGACUUGGAAUUGGUCAAGCGGGUGAUGAUCAAGGACUUCAAUCACUUUGAGAACCGCGGCGUCUUCUACAACGAGAUCGAUGAUCCACUUUCGGCCAAUUUGUUCAGCAUUGAUGGACAGAAGUGGCGUCAUUUGAGGCACAAACUCACACCAACCUUUACGUCCGGCAAAAUGAAGAACAUGUUUCCGAUAGUUGUGAAAGUUGGAGGCGAAAUGGAUAAGAUCUUCAGUGCUAAGACUGAAUUGGGCCAAAGUCCAGUUUUGGAGGUCGUUGAUUUGGUGGCACGCUACACCGCUGACGUAAUAGGUCACAGCGCGUUCGGUCUCAAUUGCAAUAGUUUGCACAAUCCCCAGGCAGAAUUUGUGACAAUUGGCAGGCGAGCCAUCACCGAACAUCGCUAUGGCAACAGGCUGGACAUAUUUCUGUUCGGAUUUCCCAAGUUGUCGCGUCGCCUGCGCCUAAAACUGAACAUUCAGGAGGCGGAGGACUUUUACACCAGGAUCGUGAGGGAAACCGUUGACUACCGAUUGAAGACCAAGGAGAAGCGACACGACUUUAUGGACAGUCUGAUAGAGAUGUACAAGAAUGAGCAGUCGGGAAACUCAGAGGAUGGCCUGACCUUCAACGAACUAUUGGCCCAGGCUUUUAUUUUCUUUGUGGCCGGUUUCGAGACGAGCUCUACGACCAUGGGAUUCGCCCUCUACGAACUGGCCCGAAACCAGGAUGUACAGGAUCGCCUCAGGAAGGAGAUUUAUGAUGUUCUGGGUAAGCACAACCACCAGUUCACCUACGAGGGAAUCAAGGAGAUGAAGUACCUGGAGCAGGUUGUGAUGGAAACCCUCCGCAAGUAUCCAGUUUUGGCUCAUCUUACGAGAAUGACCGAGACCGACUUUUCCCCUGAAGAUCCAAAGUACUUUAUUGCCAGGGGCACUGUCGUUGUGAUUCCAGCUCUUGGCAUCCAUUAUGAUCCAGAUAUAUAUCCCGAACCUGAGAAAUUUAUGCCGGAACGCUUCACUGACGAGGAAAUCGCUGCGAGACCUUCGUGCACCUGGCUUCCAUUUGGCGAAGGUCCCCGGAACUGCAUUGGACUUCGAUUCGGGUUGAUGCAAACCUGCGUGGGACUGGCCUACCUGAUCAGAGGCUACAAGUUUAGUGUCGCGCCAGAGACGCAAAUACCUAUGAAGUUUGUCGUGAAAAACAUACUUAUAUCCGCCGAUAAUGGAAUCCAUCUGAAAGUGGAGAAGCUUUAACAAGACUCAGUUAAUAAGAUUAAGUUUUAUAAUGUAAUGCGCAUCCCAGCUGUUUAAAUUAUUAAAUAAAAUGACAAGCUAGGAUUGCUUAAUAGGUGUAAAGCA